AUGAGGUCGAAGGCACGUUGUCGUCUCGCUGCUUCGGCGCCCACGCCCUCCCGGUUCGCGUCCGCGUGUGACUGGCUUGCCAUAUGCACGAGGACAAGGGGGCACCGUAUCGGAUUUGUCAUCCCGGUCAUCCCGAAGCGAGGGGCGGUGACUAUCGGAUCGCACCCAGUCUCUCCGCAUUUGUUCAUCGACGUUUUUUUUAUUUGCAUGUAUACAACUGUCCACAUUCACCCGAAACGAAACAUCGGCUGAGCUAGAAACUAUCCUCUUUGCUGCAGAGCCUGCCUGUUUGAAGAGAUAGUGAGACAACUCACCAUCUCACGCGUUUUCUAUGUGUAGGAUUUGUGCUUCUCCUACCGUGCUUUCUACAUCAUACCUAGGGAAGUAGCUUGUGUGUUUGGUAGGUUUUGAAAAGCUGCUAUAGUACUAUAAGUAUGCCGAGUAAGAGGUUCAAGUCAAAGUUCAGAGAACAACCACGACAAUACAAGAGACCUCCGCUUUCCCGUUUGUUCACACCAAGACAGACUUUUUGACUGUCUUUUUGCCCACAACCUACGGCGAGUAGUAGGGACGGAAGACGUGUGGUAUCUGGAUCGUAUGACAUGAGUGUGAGGGUGUGGGACGUGGAGAGAGGGAUCACACUUUAUAUCGGGAGGGUAGAGGAUUUCGGGGAAAUCAAGAGUCGGUUUCCUGAGGACGGAAGACAUGGGUACUGCUUCUCGCGCAGGACGAGCAGCACAAAUAAUUUCAAGGAAGGGAGGAAUUGUGCAAAGGCGAGAGGAUGGGUCUGAGGCUGUCUUGCACAGUUGGACAAUCCAGGAGACUUGCAGAUAGACCACGAUCACGGGGUCGCAGUAGCAAGGGUGGGUCAUCUGGUUGCUAUCAUGAAGCUAAUGGUGUAAAUUCGGAAAGCGAUAGACGCUUGGUGCCCGGGACAUUAGUACUGCGUUGCAACUGUGCGCGGUGGUACUGUAGUGGGGAGGGUUUUUUGUUUCGUUAUGAAUGCGUGAGGAGCUUGCUUGAUGGAUGUUGCAGUCCAUGUAUGCGUCAGUAUGAAGUAUCGACCUGCUUCCCUUUCAACACUCAGUAAACAACUCUAGA